AUGUCCAGCGAGACCGAGCUGAGCGCCGGCACGCCCGAGCCGGAAGAGUAUACAGCUAUGGAUGAUGACGGGUUGGAAGCUGCCGUUGAUUCUUUGGAUAUGACGGAUAGCUGUGAUGCUGUGCGCCGUAUGAUCAAAGUUUACAUCGAUAACGGCGAAAUGAAAGUAGGAGAAUUCCGAAAAGCGAUCGGUGCCAACUCGACCACGUACUCGCGUUUCAUGAACCAGACGGGGCCGCAAAAGGGCUCCGCGUCCUCGGUGUAUCGCAAUGCAUGGAAAUUCUUCAAGAAGCGCCAGCUGCUCGGCAUCAAACCAUCUAAAAACACCCAAAAACCAAAGGCGAACGAACAUGCGGCGGCGCCAAAUGUUGCUGCUAUCGAAUUAGAGGGCGAGGAAGACGAUGAGGUCGAGAUAUACGACACAUGCGACGACAUCCGCCGCAAAAUAAACGCACAUCUCAAGAAACCCGGCGUAACACAAGCUGCCUUCCUACGCAGCAUCGCCGCAUGUUUCUGCACGACAGAACGUAAAAUUCAAUCUGCGCAGCUCAGCGCAUUUCGUAGUAAGAAGGGCCCACGCCAGGGUAAUACGAGUGCCGUGUUUUAUGGAGCCUAUGUGUACUUUGAGAAGCUGAGGAUCGCGGAAGGCAAGCCCAAGAGCAAGAAAAGGCUCGAGAUGGAAGAUAUACAUUGCAUGCACGGGGGCAUGGACCGCAACAGGCCUCAAAAGUACGUCGUGGCUGUGGGGUCCACUCCGUAUGUUGAUGAAUAUGGAAGGGUGCGUGUUUACUAA